AUGAAGCCCAUUUAUGAGGACUUGAGCAAGGACGCACUGUUGCAGCGAUGUCUUGGAGGUUUUACACAAAACAAAAGCCUCAAUCAGCUAAUAUGGAAAAUCUCUCCAAAGGCAUACAGUGGAACCUCUACAACCGUACAAAUUGCAGCUAAUGUAGCUGCUUGUACUUUUAAUGAAGGUUCUAUUGCCCUGUUGGCCUUCAUGAAAGAGAUGCACAUCGGUACAGGCCCUAGUUCUCACGAAUGGGCGCGACAAGUUGACGAUUUGCGAAUUACUAGAGGAGACGAGAAAGCGGUCUACAACAGUAAAGAAGGGAGAGUUUCGCGGAGACAAACACAAAAAGAUGCUCUGGAUCUUCUGGAUGAAAACGCCUUGCUGUAUGGACCUGGUAUCGAUGAUUCUGUGUGAGUAUAAAAGAACUAUCGACUUUUAUUUCGAAAUUUUUAGUGUGCAAAAGUUUAA